CUUUGUCACGAGCCACUGCAUCCAGGAGGAGGAGGCGGCGGCGGCGUUACCUGCCCUGCUCCGGUCGACUGGCUCCCGGGAGUUCGGAGCCGAGAUCUCGCCAGGCCCCGGUCGGCGGCGGCGUUGUGGGAAACAGGAUGGGGGAUCUGCCCGCGCUGCGCCUGUGGCUCUGCUUGCUGGCGGUACGUGGCCGUGGGCAACGAGCCGUUCCUUGCGGCCUACAACGGCACGUUCGACAAGGUGACGUUCCCGGCGCUGCAGAACAUCCAGAACGCGCCGACAUCGCCGACCUGAUGACGCAGAUGGUGCAGUUCCUGAGCAACAACAGCGCGCCCUUCACGGUGAACAUCUACCCGUUCAUCAGCCUGUUCCUGAACGACGACUUCCCCGUGGACUUCGCCUUCUUCGACGGCGGCGCCGCGCCGCUGGUGGACCCGGGCAGCGGCGUGUCGUACACCAACGUGUUCGACGCCAACUUCGACACCCUGGUGGCGGCGCUCAAGUCGGUGGGGCACGGCGACAUGCCCGUCGUGGUGGGCGAGGUCGGCUGGCCCACCGACGGCGACAAGCACGCCACCAACGCGUACGCGCAGCGGUUCUACAACGGCCUGCUGAGGCGGCUGGCGGCGAACGCUCGGCGUGGGCGUGCUCGCCUUCGCCUUGGCCCAGCUGGUGCUGCUCCUUCUGCAUUGAUUAGGGAUAGGCUGGCGCGUUUUUUGCUGUUACUCAUGUUUGGCUGGCAUUUGGAUUAUUUGGAUAGGACUGGUACACUACUGCAGUUUGAGGUUGCUGCCUGCCUGGCGCCAUUCGAUUAGUUUGUUGGGUUUUUUUUUCUUUGGGGGCUGAAAUAAUUGGAGUGGUAGAAAGUGUUGUACUGGAGAUACUGUACAUGUAUACUGCUUCAGGUUCAGGAUUAUAAACAACAGCAGAUGACUGAAGACUUCAGUUCAUCGUUCA